CCCGGUGCGGGAGUCGGGAUACAGUUUUGAAACAAAUUUCCUACUGACUCCUACUUGGUGAUCUACUGGAAUUACUAAGAACUCCCUUCUUCAUUUCUGAAAAUUUCUGAACUACUCCUGACACUAUGAAUGCUUUCUGGAUGCUUCUCAAGUCUGUUCUCUGGGGAGGCAGUAAGGGGCCGCAGAGCUGGCCUCGGCACCGGGAGAGGCUGGACUUCCUGUCUCUCUGUGCUGAAUGGCUGCGAUGGCGCCCGCUCUCACUGACGCAGCAGCUGAAGCACACCAUAUCCGGUUCAAACUGGCUCCCCCAUCCUCCACUUUAUCCCCGGGCAGUGCCGAAAACAACGGCAACGCCAACAUCCUUAUUGCUGCCAACGGAACCAAAAGAAAAGCCAUUGCUGCAGAGGAUCCCAGUCUAGACUUCCGAAAUAAUCCGACCAAGGAAGACCUGGGAAAGCUACAACCACUGGUGGCAUCUUAUCUCUGUUCUGAUGUGACAUCUGUUUCCUCAAAAGAGUCAUUGAAGUUGCAAGGUGUCUUCAGCAAGCAGACGGUCCUUAAAUCUCACUCCCUUUUAUCUCAGUCCUAUGAACUCCGAGCUGAGCUGUUGGGGAGACAGCCAGUUUUGGAGUUUUCCUUAGAAAAUCUUAGAACCAUGAAUACGAGCGGUCAGACAGCUUUGCCCCAAGCACCGGUAAAUGGCCUGGCUAAGAAAUUGACUAAAAGUUCAACACAUUCUGAUCAUGACAAUUCCACUUCCCUCAAUGGGGGGAAGCGAGCUCUCACUUCAUCGAACUCUCUUCAGGGAGGUGAAGUGGUGGCACCUGAUUCUGGGGACUUGAAGGGGGGUAUGACCAAUUGCACUCUUCCACAUAGAAGCCUUGACGUAGAACACAUACCUAUAUUUAGCAAUAAUAGCACUGCAAACAAAUCUUCUGUCAAUUCCGUGGAGCAACCUGCACUUCAAGGAAGCAGUAGGUUAUCACCUGGCACGGACUCCACUUCUAACUUUGGGAGUAUCAAGUUGGAGGGUAAGAAGCCUCCCCUGUCUUCCAUUCUUUUCAGUGCUUUAGAUUCUGACACAAGGAUAACGGCUUUGCUCCGGCGACAAGCUGACAUUGAGAGUCGUGCCCGCAGGUUGCAGAAGCGCUUACAGGUCGUGCAAGCCAAGCAGGUGGAGAGGCAUAUACAGCAUCAGUUAGGUGGAUUUUUGGAGAAGACUUUGAGCAAACUGCCCAACCUGGAAUCCCUGAGGCCCAGGAGCCAGUUGAUGCUGACUCGGAAGGCCGAAGCUGCGUUGAGAAAAGCUGCCAGUGAGACCACAACUUCAGAGGGACUUAGCAACUUCCUGAAAAGUGAUUCCAUUUCAGAAGAAUUGGAGAGAUUUACCGCUAGUGGUAUAGCCAAUUUGAGGAGCAGUGAACAGGCAUUUGAUUCAGAUGUCACUGACAGUAGUUCAGGAGGAGAGACUGAUAUUGAGGAGGAAGAACUCUCCAGAGCGGAUCCCGAGCAGCGCCAUGUACCCCUGAGGCGAAGGUCUGAAUGGAGAUGGGCUUCGGACCGAGCAGCUAUUGUCAGCCGCUGGAAUUGGCUUCAAGCUCAUGUUUCUGACUUGGAAUAUCGAAUUCGACAGCAAACAGAUAUUUACAAACAGAUACGUGCUAAUAAGGGAUUGGUAGUUCUUGGGGAGGCUCCUUCCCCAGAGCAUGCAACAGACUUAUUUCUUCCACUCAGUACCGAGGUGAAGACAGAGCAUGGGAAUGAUAAACUGAUCGAGUCUGUUACUCAGUCACUGGAAAACCACGGUGCCUCUGGUCAUCCUUCAGAGUCAUUAACUACCAAGUCAUGUGGAGCAUUGAGACCUGUCAAUGGAGUUAUUAACACUCUUCAGCCUGUCUUGGCGGACCACAUUCCAGGUGAUAGCUCUGAUGCUGAGGAACAAUUACAUAAAAAGCAACGACUGAAUCUAGUCUCCUCAUCAACGGAUGGCUCCUGUGUGGCAGCUCGAACACGACCUGUACUGACCUGUAAGAAACGGAGGCUUGUUCGACCCAGUAGCAUCGUUCCUCUUUCCAAGAAGGUUUACCGGAGCAGCAGCAUGCGCUCAGGCUGUGAUGUGAAUCCGGCCUGUGCACUGUGCGGCUCAGGCAGCACCAGCGUGAUGCCUCCGGAGAUCCACUACGCGGCCCCAUUGCUGGAACGCCUCUCCCAGCUCGACUCCUGUGUUCACCCCGUCCUGGCAUUUCCUGAUGAUGUUCCCAUGAGUCUGCACUUCCAGAGCAUGCUGAAAUCCCAGUGGCAGAACAAGCCAUUUGACAAACUCAAACCUCCCAAAAAGUUUUCACUUAAGCACAGAACACCCAUCCCAGGCGGCCUCCCAGAUCCAACUCGUAGUAAAGACAGGCACAAGUUGGUCAACUCCUUCCUGACUACAGCUAAGCUGUCCCAUCACCAAACUCGGCCUGACAGGACCCACAGGCAGCACUUAGACGAUAUGGGGGCCGUGCCUAUGGUGGACAGAGUGACAGCGCCCAAAGCAGAGCGCUUGCUCAACCCACCGCCACCUGUACAUGACCCAAACCACAGCAAAAUGAGAUUGCGAGACCAUUCAUCAGAGAGGAGUGAAGUGCUGAAGCAUCACACAGACAUGAGCAGUCCCAGCUACCUGACAGCCUCCCACCACCCACCACACAGCCCCUUGGUGCGACAACUCUCCACCUCGUCUGACACCUCUGCAACCACCAGCUCAGGCUCGCAGGUCACAGCCAGCACGUCUCAGCCAGUACGGAGGAGAAGAGGAGAGAGCUCAUUCGAUAUCAACAACAUUGUCAUCCCCAUGUCUGUGGCUGCCACAACCCGUGUUGAGAAACUUCAGUACAAGGAAAUCCUCACUCCCAGCUGGCGAGAGGUUGAUCUUCAUUCUCUGAAGGGGAGUCCUGACGAGGAGAAUGAGGAGAUCGAGGACCUCUCUGAUGCAGCCUUCGCCGCCCUGCACGCCAAAUGUGAGGAGAUGGAGAGGACUCGGUGGCUGUGGACCACGAGUGUGCCACCCCAGCGUCGUGGCAGCAGGUCUUACAGAUCAUCAGACGGCCGGACAACCCCCCAGCUAGGCAGUGCCAACCCCUCCACCCCUCAGCCUGCCUCCCCCGAUGUCAGCAGUAGUCACUCUCUGUCGGACUUCUCCCACGGGCAGUCCCCACGGAGCCCCAUCAGCCCAGAACUGCACUCGGCGCCCCUCACACCGGUGGCUCGGGACACUCUGCGACACCUCGCCAGCGAGGACACGCGCUGUUCCACACCAGAACUGGGACAGGACGAGCAGUCUGUCCAGCCCUGGGAGCGGCGGACCUUCCCCCUGCCCUACAGUCCCCAGGCCGAGUGUGAGGACCAACUGGACGCGCAGGAACGGGCAGCCCGCUGCACGCGGCGCACCUCGGGCGGCAAGCCUGGCAGGGACACUGAGGUGGCGCCCACUUCCCCUCCUGUGGUCCCCCUCAAGAGUCGGCAUCUAUCAGCAACGGUCACGGCUCCGCGUCCAGCUCACAGAUGAGCGGAUACAAGAAUCUAAACAGACUCACUGAUUAUUGGCAUUAAAGCUUCAGAAAUCUCUGCGUUUGAUAUUCAAACAUCAUGUGCCGGAAAUUUUCACAGUUUUUAGUGAAUUUAAGGAAUUUAGAUUCUACUGUUUUUUCUUUUUCUUUUUUUUUUUCUUUUUGAAUUUGUUUUGUUCUCCAUGUUUUGUUGUCACACACCUGAGCACUUCCUCCAGUUGACAAACAGCAGUCUGGGGCUCUGCCUGCGGGCCUAGUCCCACGCAUCGCCUACACUGUUUGAAUCACUGGGACUUAGCCCAUGUUCCCCCGCGGACCUGUGGGCCCCGAUGUGGGAAGCUGCAGCUCAGUGUUUGUCUACCCCAGGGUGGCUGAACGGGGGCCGGCUAGUGCCCCGCCCUGCCCCUCCCUCGUCCCAUGUGUGUGGCUCUGCUCUGCCCUUGGCUGGCACCUCCCUGGAGCCAGGCUUGGCAGUGGGCUUUCCCGUCCCUACCUGGAUCUCGGCCAGCUGUUGCAGGAUCCUCUGCCUUGGCUCCUUCGCUGCAGUAACCUGGCUGCGACUGCUCAGUCCCCACCCCACCCUGGUCUUUCUCCCUUCUCCUGGGUCUUGUGUCUGUCUUUCAGGCUCCCAUAAAUCAGUUCCCUACAGUGUCUGCCCCCCUCGCCCUGUCCCAGCCCUGGAACAUUGUUGGAACAUUGUUCCCGCCCUGGCUCCCUUCACUCCCACAAACCCUGUGGCCGCCCUUGUGCCUGUCUCAUGUAUGAUUAUCACCAAAAUAGGGGGGGCAAAAGGACUCUUUUAUUUUUUUCUCUUUUUUUUUCUUGGCCAUUUUGUAAUCGUAUAAAAUAGUAGGAAAACUGCUUAAUGGUUGGAGGUUUUUUCACAAUUUUCAACAUUAGUGAUCUUUUUUUUUCUGUUUGCAAGUUAAAGGGUUUGUCAUUGUUUCUUUAAAAAAAAAACAAUAAUGCACCAUAUCCCUAUGCAUAAAGUGCUUCUUCUAUUUAUAAGGUUGAAAAUUCUGAAUAACCCUUUUAGCAUUGUAAAAAAAGGAAAAAAAUUGUAUUUUGUAAAUAUUUUUCUUUUCCUGCUUUGAGCUGUGUAUUGGCAGCGAAACAUGUAGCUGUCUUUGUUCUAUUGAGAAUGCUUUUCUUCAGAGAAGCUGACUCUUUGUAAUGUCUGAUUCUGUUCGCAAAGCACAAACUAGUGCUUUAAAAAAAAAAAGGAAGGAAAAAUUGAAAAAAAUAAUAAAAAAAGU